CUUGAUGUUGUGGUGCCGGUAUUUUUGGAUCAUACUAAAAAAAAACCAAUUCAAAUGUGAGGUAUCGAUCUGGAAAAAAAAGUUAUGUGUCAUUCUACAUUGUUGAUGGAUUUUGGUUUUGUGUCAGUGAAAUGUCCAAAGGAUUAAAAGCAUAUAUAAACCCGGUUAACAUUCCGUAAACGUGAAUAGAGAGCAUAGGAAUUCGAUCCAAGAAAUGCAUUUACCUGCAAAAAUCAAUGUGCAACUACUUAUAUGUGCUGAGAUAUUUUAUGUAACAAUCGCAUCACUAGUUGAUAAUGGAGUCCAAGCGCCGCUGUUCCAGCAAGAGCCAAUCUCCGAAUUGGUGUUUAGUAAUGAGAGUGGUUCACUCGUGUCAUGUUCAGCUCAUGGGAAUCCAACGCCUGUUGUGACAUGGGUUCAAAAAGAUACAGGCACACCAAUAUCAUCGGUGCCUGGCUUAAGGCAAAUUUUGCCGAAUGGAACACUUUAUUUUCCUCCAUUUGCGGGGACAUAUUAUCGAGCCGAUGUUCAUGAGACGGUAUAUCGAUGCAAAGUAUCGAAUCAGGCGGGCACAAUAUUAAGUCGUGAUGUUCAUAUCAGCGCAGUUGUGCGGCAGCCAUAUGACAUAAGAGUUGAGGGGAAUGAGGUGUUUAUGGGAAAUGUGGCAUUUCUGCGGUGUGUACUUCCAGAGCAUGUACGAAAAUUUGUUGUGGUAUCAUCAUGGUUUCGUGGCGAUGAAGAGCUACUUGCCGAAAUAGCUGACAUGGGCGGAAGAUAUUUUGUGACAUCAACGACCGGAGAUUUAUACAUCCGUUCGGUCAAAUCGGACGACAAUUUGAAAAAGUUUGCAUGUCAAACAUUCAAUAAAAUAACCCGGGAGCGAAAAAUCAGUGAACCUGUUCAUUUAUCUGUGAAAGAUAUAACCACCAAUAUGGCGCCAACAACAAAUCAAAAGCCAGUGCUAAAUAUGUACGUCGAUCACGGUAACGAUAUUCAUUUGCCGUGUAACAUUCAGGGAAGCCCACUGCCAUUCUACGCUUGGUAUCGUGUGUCAGAUUCGAACGCACUGUAUCCGGUACCAUCAUCACAACGAAUCAUACCAUCAAAUACUCUACUCUACAUAAGAAACGCUGACGAACGUUGCGCCGGCCGAUGGGUGUGUAAAGCAACAAAUCAAUUUGGUGAACAGCGUGUGGAGAUCCGUUUGCACGUCAAAAUGGUUUUGUCUGUGCAUAUUCAACCGCAAGUGCAAAUUGUUAACUCGGGUGGAACAGCUAUUUUCAAUUGUUCGAUAGCUGGAACUGGUGAAGAAAAGAUAGAUUGGUAUCACAAUGGAAUUCUUGUUCUACCGGAUUUACCGGUAUCAAAUAAUAAAAUUAAAUUGCUGAGUCCUUACUCUUUGGCCAUCUAUGAUGUGGGUCGACGCGAUAAAGGCAUGUAUCAGUGUUUGGUUGCAAAUAAGGAGAGCAGCGCACAAGCAGUUGCCGAGUUAAAAUUAGGUGAAAUUACACCGGAAAUUAUUUCAACGUUUAAUGAACAAAUUGUACGCCCCGGUCAAUUCGUUUCAUUUAAAUGCACUGCAACUGGUUCACCACCACCACAGUUCAUAUGGCAAUUGGACUCGCAGCCAAUCAUCGAAGUUUCUUCACUUGCACGAUAUGCAAUCGGCCAAUAUGUGGAUAUCUCGGGUGAUGUCAUAAGUCAUUUAAAUAUUACGCACGUGCGACCCGAAGAUGGUGGCCUUUACAAAUGCGUUUGCAGUAAUUCAAUGGGCACUGCUGAGUACUCGACUCGACUCAAUGUUUAUGGUUCACCGUUUGUGCGCGCGCUUAGUCCAAUUAAAGCUGUGGCUGGUGAUUCAUUUACUAUGCAUUGCCCAUUUUCUGGAUACCCGAUUGAGCAAAUUCGUUGGGAGAAAUCAGGCCAUGAACUUGCAUCAAGUACGAAAUAUGAGCUGUCUUCCGUUCAGAGUGGCGGUGCUUUGAAAAUAUAUCAAAUUGAUUCUUCGCAAGAUUCCGGAACAUAUACGUGUAUUGUGAGAAACAGAGCGGGCGAAGAAGGGCGUCGAGAAAUCGAACUAUCUGUCAAUAGCCCACCGGUGAUUGAACCAUUUGCAUUUCCAAAAAACCUGCAAGAGGGUGGUCGAGCCCAGAUCACAUGUGCUAUAGUCUUAGGAGAUUUGCCCAUUGUUUUUACCUGGAAAAAAGAUGAUCAUCACAUUCCGGCCAGUUUACAAAUCACGGUGAAAGGCGACGAAUUUUUUUCGAUGCUAGUUUUCAAGGAUAUUUCAGCAAGACACAGUGGAAAGUACUCUUGCUAUGCAUCUAAUUCUGCAGCCACCGUCAAUCAUACGAGUGAACUUUUAGUGAAAGUUCCACCACGAUGGAUACGUGAGCCACAAGAUACGGUUCUGAUGUUAGGCAAUGCUGUCGCGAUAAAUUGCGAUGCCGAAGGAUAUCCCGAACCCGAAAUUACAUGGCUCAAAGGCGAGGGAAAAUCAUCGAAAGAAUUUAAAUCGAUUCAGCUUCGUAAUAAUUCAUUAACUGUCGACUAUGUUACGGACGCCGAUGAAGGUUAUUAUAUGUGCACUGCAAACAAUGGUAUCGGUCCGGGUCUAAAAAAAAUCCUACAUAUCAACGUAAAUGAACCAGCUCGUUUCGAAACCACUUCCAAAAAUAUCUCGACACGUCGAAGCGAUCCAAUAUCAUUAUCGUGCCAGGCCAAAGGCGAUGACCACAUUAGUAUUAUUUGGAUGCACAACAAUAACCGAAUCGAUCUGAAUAAUUAUCGUAUUAGCAUUACCGAAAUGCAAACGACAAAUGGAAUAAAUUCGCAAUUAUCGAUUACCCAUUCAGAUCGACAAGAUUCGGGUGUUUAUAAAUGCAUUGCUGAAAAUCCAUUUGGGAAAAGCGAACAUGUUAUUUACGUUGCUGUUCAGGAGCAACCCGAUGUGCCAAUGAAUUUAGAAUGCCGUGGAAUGAGCAGUCGGUCAGUGAAGCUGUCUUGGAAACGCCCAUUCGAUGGAAAUUCACCGAUGCUCAGCUACAUUGUACAAUAUCAGCCCACCAAAUUUGUGCAUGCACAUUUGUCAAUAUUAGAUUCAGAUGACCAUUGGAAUUCACCAAAUACGAUGAAUAUCACAUUGCCAAAUAUUAGCGUAGGAAAAAGUUUGAUGGGGAAUAUGAUGGAAACGGCAACUUUGGCUGGACUACAUCCAUCAACAACGUAUCUGAUUCGAAUGGCUGCUGUGAAUGAAAUUGAAAGCAGCGGUUUUACCGAAACAAUUGUUGUGCGCACACAGGAAGAGGCACCGAUCGAACCACCGCAAAAUGUGCAAGUACAAACCGGAGGCAUUGGUGAACUGAUUGUCACAUGGAACUUGCCGCCGCGUGACUCCUGGAACGGAGAGCUUAUUGGUUACACCGUUAACUGUACGGAAGAAAAACAAAAUAUCAAUUACAUAAGCACAAAUAUGUCGUUACAAAAAUCGAUUCAGGUUGAUGGUUUUGCAACAACAAAAACGACGAUAAAAAAUUUGCGAACUUUUCGACGAUAUUCGAUUAUUGUGCGUGCUAUUAAUAGUUUUGGAGCGGGCCCAUUCAGUUCACCUGUGUAUGGAACGACUUUAGAGGGCGUUCCCGAGGCGCCACCACAAAAUGUGAAUUGCAUUGCACUGACUUCGCAAAGUAUUAAAAUAUCUUGGCUUGAGCCACCGCUUCAUCAACACGGUGGAGUUAUACAAGGCUAUAAAAUAUUAUACACUCCGUUGAGUUAUGAUGAUGACAUUCUGGUAACGAAUGAAGUGAAAAGAACGUCUAAUUUGGAAACUUAUUUGCAUGCAUUGCACAAAGCAAUGAAUUAUUCGGUUCGAAUUUUAGCGUAUACCUCAUCUGGUGAUGGAGAGCCAUCGAAUUCAAUUUACUGUAAAACCGAAGACGAUGUACCCGAUGCGCCAGCUGCAAUAAAGGCUUCAGCAUUGACUGGAGACUCGAUACUAGUUUCAUGGUUACCUCCAAAACAUCGCAACGGAAUGAUCGUACAUUACACGGUGUAUAGCCGUGAAACGGGAAGAAAAGGGCAAGCACAAACCCAUAUGGUACGCGUAGAUGAGGAUGGAAAUCCAAGACAGUUCGAAUCACGUGGCCUAAUCGAAAACCAUACCUAUGAUUAUUGGGUUACAGCUUCAACACAAUCGGGCGAAGGUGAACCCACAUCGGUUGUUUCACAGGUAACAACGACCAAAGCACCGGCUCGUAUCGCCUCAUUUUCACAAAUAAUUCGAAAAGCUGUGGGCAAAAGUUUGAUACUGGAAUGCAAUUCGGUGGGCAACCCAACUCCGCGAGCUCGAUGGUUUACGCGUGAUCGUCCGGUUACAUUUAGCCCAUUCUAUGAAAUAAUGUUGAAUGGAAAUCUUCGCAUACACAGCAUUGAGGCGAGCCUUUCCGGCAAUUACUCGUGUUCGGCCAAAAACCUUUUCGGCGAAGAUAAUAUCGUUUACAAAAUAAUUGCAAUGAAAGUACCGAAUGCGCCACAAAUUAAUGUCCAUUAUUCGUCGCUCGAUAGUAUUCGUGUGAGUUUCGAAAGUGGUGACGAUGGCGGUGCACCGAUUUUACAAUACACACUAUCAUAUCGUACGGUAACGGGUGCAUGGAUCAAAGUUGAAAUUACACCGGAAAAUAAUGCUUACACGCUGAUUGGAUUAAAAUGUGGCACACAAUAUAUCAUCAAAAUGUCAGCUCAUAAUCGCGUUGGCGACGGUCAAUCAACUGACGAAAUUAACAUUUGGACAAAAGGCAAAAAGUCACAAGAGCCCGAGGAAAAGGAUUUCGUUAGCACAAAUUCAUCAUGCAUUAAUUUAAAACUUUCACUGUGGAACAGCGGAGGCUGCCCAAUUUCGCACUUUUCUAUUGAACAUCGACCGCACGGCGAACUGCAAUGGACUGUCUUAUCAUCUGAUAUAUCCAAUUCAGAUGAAACUCGAAAGAAUUUAGUAUUCUGCGAUUUUCAACCAGCUAAAUGGUAUCAGCUCAAGGUGUCGGCAGUUAACGAUGCUGGUAGAACUACGGCUCUCUAUAAUGUGGCGACAACUAAAUUAAAUGGGGAGCGCAUACCAACACCAGAAGUUUUUCCGGAAAAUGAGUUGUCAGACAAUAUUACCGUAAUUUCCAGUCAGAGGGAUUGGCUUCCCACAACGAUUGUGGGCAUUAUGAUUUUAUCCGCAUCUCUUAUAAUUUGUUUAACACUGAAACAUCGUGGCUUUUGGCGUGAAUCAAUUUCUGGCGGACUUGAAACGAGUACCGUACCAAAUGAUUUAAAGGAUGGAUACGACAACCGACGAAACCAACAAGUUUAUAGUGCGUCUCCAGUUAAAACGGUUAACAAACACAACGACUCUGAAAUGUACGAAAUUGCACCAUAUGCAACAUUUAGCGUGAGUUGUGGAAGAACAACAUCCGAAUUAAGUAAAACUCCGUUGCGCGGUGUAACACCGUCUGCACUUGAUUACAGUGUUCAAUUCAAAACUUUCGGUCACCCCGACAGCGGCGACAAUCUAAAUGCAGCAGCAUAUCCGGUUCUUCCCAAUGCUGCUUUUGGUCACGUAAAAGGAAAAUCCAGUUGGCAAAAUCAACGCUACUACAAUACAGACGAUGAUUCAACGUUGAGCAAAUCGAUGACUAUAUUGGCGGGUAACUCGCAAUUACAGUCUAAUCGAAACAAAAGCAAACGAGAACUGGAAAAAUGUACCAAAUCAAAAUCACGCAACGAAAUCACCAAAGCACAUCACAAUGACACUGAAUCCGACACAAGUGUCAGCCCAAUCAAUGAAUUUUCGAACAUGUCAACAUAUCGUGUGCCAACUAAAUCGAGAGGAGAUAUUUUUCGACCCGAUUCAAGCACUGAAUCAAAUAAUGAUAACUCACCCAUUGAGAGACGAUCCAAUACGCCACGACAUGUAUCGGCUGAUAUGCGUAUGCGUCCUCGAUCAAGUAAAUCGCCACACGAAAGUCAUUCCAUGAAUAUGUUAGAAUCAGGAAGUAGCAACAGUAUGGACAAUGAGGUAGAGAGUGGAGGUUUACGUGUUCGUCCUCCGAGCGGUUUUACCGAUUCUCGUGAGUUUAGCGAAGCUGAUUUAGAAGUACAACAGGUAAUGGAAAAUAACAACGAAAUUCAAAAGAGUAUCCAAGACGAAUUGACCUUUUUGCUAGCAAGAUGAGUGCAAUGAAAUGAUGGCCCAGCAUCGCAGCGAUAUUUUAACAUUAAGCGUGCACAACGAAUACCGAGUUUAGGCCUAAGAUCAUUCAAAUUCAUUUUACGGACAUAGGAUAAACGGUCAACAACAACAACAACAAUCAUCAUCAUCAUCGACUGAGAUAUUAAAUCCAAUGGCAUUCAUAAAAUCUCGUUUCAUUUCGCAACCAGAAACCUGUAAUUCGAAUUGCAGCGGUUGAAAAAUACCCAAUGACCAAUUUGAUACAGUCAACUUCAAAUUAUUUGUUAUAUUUCACUUUCAAUGCAAAUUUCCUAAUUCAACCAAAAAAUCGCAAAUAAAUUUUUAAUUCAGACUGAAUGUUUAUUGUACAUAAAGUAUAUGUUUCCGUCAAAGUGGAAAUGUGUUCCUUCGAGAAAAAAAAGAUCUAAUAAUUGAAAUAAAAAUAGAAUAAAUGCACUUCAUUAAGCAUAGAAUCAAAAUGGAUUAUUUGAGUAUAUUGAAGUAUAAAUUGAUUGAUCGAAUAAACACCGAAUCACAUUUAAAA